AUGGCGGCAGCGGCGGGGGCCCCCGGGCGGCCCUGCCCCUUCUCCAUCGAGCACAUCCUCUCCAGCCUGCCCGAGCGGAGCCUCCCGGCCCGGGCCGCCUGCCCACCGCAGCCCGCCGGUGGCCAGAGCCCCACCGAACCAGAGGAGCCCGGGGCGCCAGAGGCUGCGCCCUGCGCCUGCUGUUGCUGCUGCAGCCCCCGCGCGGGGCCCUGCGGGCCCCCAGAGGCGGCAGCCGGGCUGAGCGCUCGUCUGGCGUGGCCGCUGAGGCUGGGACCCGCGGUGCCCUUGUCCCUGGGUGCGCCAGCUGGAGGUUCCGGGGCGCUCCCAGGCCCGGUCGCCCCGGGUUCGCAGCGGCGCACGCGGCGCCACCGCACCAUCUUCAGCGAGGAGCAGCUGCAGGCGCUCGAGGCGCUCUUCGUGCAGAACCAGUAUCCUGACGUGAGCACGCGCGAGCGCCUGGCCGGCCGCAUCCGCCUUCGCGAGGAGCGCGUGGAGGUCUGGUUCAAGAACCGCCGGGCCAAAUGGCGACACCAGAAGCGCGCGUCGGCAUCCGCGAGGCUCCUGCCCGCCCUCAAGAAGUCUUCCAAGGGGAGCUGCUGA